AUGUCCGAGCACGUCCUCCUCGUCCAUGGAGACCUUUUGACCAAGGAACGAUUAGACACGAUCAUCAAAUCACGACGUAUCGAGGACACACCUAAAUGCUGCUUUCAGCAUGUCGUGUUUGUUCCUGGUCUCUUUCACUUCAAAAUGGCGUGUGCUGAUGCACUAUGGCAUACGUGGAUCCAACCACAAGCUGGUCGAACAGAUGUCAAUAGCCUUUGGCAACAUGUUGGUAUCUUGAGGCCCCAUGAAAGUGGAAAGUUUGCAUCAAAGCCAGGGUUUCGAUGGAUGCAUCAUGACGUUCUGCAUCACGAUCUAUGGGCGUCGAUAUUAGAUUGUUGGCUGGUGGAGGCUCAAACAAGAAACAGCACAUGGGACUCACUCGAAGUGUUCGCGAAAUGUGCGCCAUCAUGGGAGUUGAUUGUCGAGAUGUCAGAGUCCAUAAUCAACAAGUUUGUUGCCAAUACAACAACACUCAUGAACCUGCGUCAACGACCUAGACAAGAGCGUGAUCAGCGAUUUGAAAAUCAGGUGUUGCGCAACCGCAACGAACUACUCUAUGUUGAUCUCUGUCAUGCGAUGAACAGUGGUGAUAUCGGACAAGUCGAGGCCUCUUUCUUGUCGUGGAUCUACAUAUUCAAAGCGACAAAAAAGCACAAAUAUGCAUAUCAUACAGCUCGCUUUAUGGUACAGAUGCGGUACAUUUAUCCUGAGGACCUACAACAACUAAUCCGACUGAAUUGGCUUUGCAACCUGACCGGAAAGGCCUUCAAAUUUCGACCCGUGGAUUGGCUGGUAGAACGAAAUAACCUGUAUACGAAGGUCAUUUUUGCAGGGAAAGGAUCGAAUCGUACAAUCCAACACAUCAUCAAUGAGUCCCCUCUGAUUGAACUCUACCGGGAAUGCCACGUCAUGAUUGAGAAUGGAUUCCAUCUCAAACAGCGCACCAUAAAACAUGCACCACCGAACAUGACAAAAACUUUGCAAAAACUGUGUGAUGAAAUACGAAGGCACUCACCACAUAUAUUUAUGGCCAGAAGACAUGCUGACUGUCAAGUGGAGGAUGAGAUUGGCGUGGGGAUGAUUAUGUUGGUACAAGACAAGGAAGCGCUAAUGGACUGUGAUGGAGAAGUGGAUGUAGUGGGGGUGGAGGACGUCAUUGAUUAUUGA